CUUGCAGACCGUGAACGCCUCAGUGCGUUCAGUCCGCCCCGUUGUCAUGGAGACGGAAAGACUCGGAGCAGGAGACGGUUUACUUGAUAGUUUACCUGAUAGUUUACCUGAUAGUUUACCGGAUAGUUUACCUGAUAGUUUAGAGACAGAGUACUGAGGUUUGGAAAUGUGCGGAGUUAUUUAAUGUGUGACCGGCAGCAUGUGUGAAAGCAGAGCCGUGCGCAGCGGGAAGGUGUACCGACAGCUGUUCGACGCUCAGGUUCAGCUCUCCAGAUCUCUGCUCGCAGGACGGACAGACACCAGGACAGACUGUCUAUCUGCAGAGGACAGCAACACACACUGCAGUACGACCAGCAGGGGGCAGCGGUUGGACACUGAUGAUGACGCUGAUGCUGUCAGCAGACUUCCUGACACCUUGGUGGUCCAUGACCCAAGCUCUGACAUCAUCAAACAACUGAUAGAGAAACGAGGCAAAAAACACAAGGAAGCCCUGAAACAGCUGGAGGUGGAGCUCACUGCCAUCAGCCAGGUGUGUGAGAUUCAGGUAAGGACAGUCAGUCUGGAGCUGCAGUCCUCUCUGCAGGAGGUGGACCUUAGGUUGAACACCCUGAAGGACCAAAUAGACAAGCUAGAACACCUAGAACACAUCAGUCUACAGGAGGUGUGUGUUCUGUGGCAGCAGGUAGAGGAGCAGGUGAAGCUGAAGAAGUCAAGGAUCAUGGAGCUCAACCACAAACUGACUGAAUCAGAGGCUCAGCGGGCCGACGAGAUCAAAGGCGUGCUCAAGACAUACCGCCACCUGCUGGAGAAGAUCAGCUUCCUGCCUCUGCCUGUCGUGUGCAGACUGAUCCACAGCGAGGCCACGAUGUUGAAUCAGUCUCUUCUGGCGAAUCGUCGCAGCGUGGCUCGACUGCUGCUGCUACUACAGGAGGAGAACCUGCAGCAGGAGUCCCUCCUCCGUCUGCACUGGGAAGACUGUCUGAGCUGUUGGAGGAGGAACAGAGUCAAGGAGGUCAUAGACUGCUUCAGGGCUUUCUGCAGCAGUGAGGAGGACCAGCAGCUGGACUUGGUCUGGACAGUGCAGAUGAAACGGACCCAAAGAGUUCUGACAGAACAACGCAGUGACAUCAUCCAUAACAUCUGCUUGCUGGUCCCGCCCUCCUGCUCCACAGCACUGGUCUCUGAUUGGUUCAACCAGCUGACAGCUGUCAAUCAACAAAUUGAGAGUCUUCAUGCUGACUUCCUCCAUCAGCUGCGACAAUGUUAUGAACAGAUGUGGAACGAUCGACUAGCUGAGGUGCAGCGCUGUCAGGAGGCACUUUCAGCUCUGCAGCUGUCAGAGGAGGAAGUGAACGACGUUGUCAACUCUCAGCUCCUCACUUUGAUUGGACGAAGCCAAAGUCAGGAUGAAGAACGAUUGACUGUUUUAGAUCUGUGUUAUGACUGUGUGGCCCGUCACACUCUCAGUCUCAGCAGGUGUGUGUUUGUUGUGAUGCGAGGAGCAGCAUUGCUAUGGGAGACACACAGUCACAGGUUAAAGACGAGAGAAGAAGAACUGCAGCAACACCUGGACGACCUGAGACACUCCCAGCAACAACACACACAGAGGAAGAAGGUGCGUCUGGACGACCUGCUGGCUGGACUCCGUCAGGAGAGCAGUGAGGACGCUCUGAAGACGUCUCUAGACAAAACUGUCUGUUACCUGCAGGACAUCCAGCACAGCUGCGCUGUUGGUGUCUCUGAUCAGUGUCAGCUGUUGGAUCGUCUCCCGUCUGUCUUCCUCGACGAUCUUCUCUCCUACAGCAGCAGCAUCAGCUCCUUUUUCCACCUUGAUCAUGCCUACACACCGAGUCCAGAAGAACUGCAGAACCUGGACCCGUCAUCCACCGAGCCCGCCCAGCCAACAGAGCCGGAGCUCAGUAACAAACCAGAGAAGAGGACAAACAAUCCUCCAAUCACCUGUCAGAAUGACUCCACCCAUCCCUCUCAGGAUUGGCUAACUGAGGCGGAUUCUGCUCUGCUGGAGAUCUGUGACAUCAACACUGAUGUCAUGUUCACAUCAUCCAAGGGUGUGGCCUAUGGUGGCCCUGCCUUCAGAUGCCUGGCCCCUGACCUGCCAGACAACCUGCAGCAGGAAACACACCUAAGCCUGUUUCCUGUAGAACUGCUCACUAAUACACUCAGCAGCGUGCGGACUCUGUUCUUCGACCACCUGGAGCAACGUUUCCAUGAUGUUCUCAGCUUGGCUGUUGCCAUGGUGACGGUCAGGAAGGAAGCGGUUCAUUCAGAGCUGGAACUCGAACUGCAGGACUUUAACCCAGAACACAUCGAGACCCAAAUCUACCAACCACGCCUGGCUGAGCUGCAGGUCCACUCUCAGCUCGUGGACUCUCACUGUGAGGCGGUCUCACACUUGUUAACUUCCUGUCGGGUGGAGCUGGAGGAGCUGCAGAGCACCAUCAGCAAGAAGAACCAGGAGUUCACUGCCAUCCUGUUCAAGAUGGAGGACAGUGCCCUGACAGCUGACAGUAGCCAACGUCUGGAGGCUCUCAGCUCCGCCCUGCAGGACUGUCUGGAUCAACACAUUAAAGACACCCAGCAUUGUGAGACUACCUUCAGACAGAUGGUUCAGACCAGACUGGAGGGAGUCAGAACCAGAACAACAGAAGUCCUCAACUCCUUCAGGUUGUUCAGUGAAGGAGGAGAUUUUGCUCCUCGGGAGGUGAAGGUCUUUCAGAGGCGACUGAAGGAGGAAACCAAAGAGAUCGGUGUGACCGAGGAGUCCAUCUUCAGUGAGCUGGAGGCGUUUGAGUCCAAGAGUUUACAGCAGGUUAAAGAGGCAUCGAGUCGCUUCGAGGAGAAACUGUCUCUCCUGAAGUCUGAGGUGAAGUUCACAGAGAAGACCCAGAAAGUCCUGAGCAGCACACGAGUCCACAUCAAAGCUGAGGCAGCCUGCAGUAACCAGCAGCAGUUGUCCAUCACCAGCAGGUUGGAGGAGCUGAAGAGAAUGAUGGAGAACAGACAGGUACACACACAGGUACACAUGCAGGUGUCUCCUGAUCAGGUGUGUUCUUUCCUGUCAUCACUGAAUGAAGGACUCGUGAGGCGGUGUCAGUACCUGGACUUCUCUUUGAAACCUUCACACACCAGGUAUGAACAGACUCUGAGUCAGGUUGACCUCAACUACCACUACACACAGGUACACACACAGAGCCUGUCAGGUGAUCCUGAGUCAAUGAAGCCGGUCCGGUCGGGUCCACUUUCUGGUUUACUGCGGCCGAGCAGAACCAGUGAGGAGCUCCUCGAUGACCCUGUUAUUGGCAUCAUCAGGUCCCUGAACAGGGUCUCUGUGGUUCAUGAUGAGACAGCAGAAGAAGACAGAGGUCGACCAGCUGCUGAUCCCAGUCAGAUCCAUCGUCUUCAUCACAGAGGUUCUGAGUCUGUCACUACACUGAGGGCUGGCAGGUCCAUCAGGACUGACCGAAGGUUCCAGGUGUUUGGACCAGAACCAGAUGCAAAGGUUCAGUCACAGUUCAUCUCCAUAGUGACUCUUCUGCUGUGGAAAGCCAAUGACGUGCUCCUGCUGGUUGCUGAGGACUUUUAUCGGAGUGAGCGUGGUGCUGUCAGCAGGCUCCUCCUACUUCCUGACAGUUUGGACAAAUGGGCAGAGAGCAUGCAGCAGAAGCUGCUGGGAUACCAGGAACAGGCCAGGAAGUUUCUGAGCACGAGCAGAGAGGAGUUGGUGAAUCAGCUCUCCAUGUUGGACGAGCUACUCCGUUUGUUACCUGCAGUUAUGAUCGGUAACCAUGAGCAGCAACAGGGGGCAGAGCUGACAGAGGACAUGGGCAGAGUCAGACUGAAGCUGGAGGAGAUGCUGGCCACCAGUGAGAAGGAGAAGCGUUUGAACGUGGGUCGGCUGCGAGUGUCUCUGACAGAUGGCGAGCUUGAGGCCGUGAACGCCGACGAGGAGCUCAGACAGCAGCAGCUGCACACCGCCAUCUGCAGCACACACCUAGAAGUACAGGAGUGUGUGCGAGUCAGAGGGGAGGAGUUUGUGACGUCACUGGGGUCUCUGACAGAGAAGCUGAUGCAUCAGCUGGAUGACCUGCUCACACCUGCAGAAACCAAUGGUUCACACUUUGAAGACAACAGUGUUACCAUGGAGACAGGAGGUAAAACAGGGCAGAGACCCUGUACAGCUGGCAGGACCUGGUCUGGUAUCUCAUAUCCCUUAUCCCUGACAUCCUGUGUUACCACGGCAACAACACCAUCUAUCACCACGACCAAGUGCACCCUGGGACAUCUGGCUGUUAUAGAGCAGAGAGACACCGCUGUGACGAGGUUUGAACAGCUGAUUAGGUCGGAGUUGUUGCUUUCAGAUGAUGACAAAAGAAGACAAGUGAGAGAGCUACAGAGCUGGAACAAACACUGGAGACAGCAGAUACACACUCUCAAACAUACGACUCACACACAUUGAUUGGUUGUGUGUUGCUGUCAUGAUGGCCUGAUGUUUAAUAAACCACAGAAGAAGAACAGA